AUGGCGGACGAUGGGGAGGGGUUGCGAUCCAGGCGGCUGCCCGUGCGGCGCCUCAAGGCGACGAUCGUCCAGAAGGUGGAGAUGAACCGGGUCACGAUCAUCCUCGCCGAGACUGGCUCAGGAAAGAGCUCGCAAGUCCCGCAAAUGCUGCUCGAGGAAGGGUUCGUCCCCAUUCUGUGCACGCAGCCGAGAAGGUUUGCCGUGGUCGCCGUGUCCAAAAUGGUGGCCGAGGAGCGAGGCUGCGAGCUUGGACAAGAAGUUGGAUUUCACAUUGGUCAGAUGAAUCGGACAAGUUCCAGCUCCAAAAUCGUCUUCCAGACUGCCGGUGUUCUUCUAGAGGAGAUCAAAUCCAAAGGCGUGGCUGCUCUUUCUCACUACAAGGUGGUCAUACUGGAUGAAAUCCACGAGGGUCUGGUACUCAUGUCUGAGCUUGGCGAAACAGCUGUCUCGAACUUGGCCUCGAAGAUCCAGCAACAUCUGUUCCAGUGCAGCGUGAAGUAUCUCGACCAGGUCGUGCAACAACUUGGAAACAAGAAAGAGCACUUGUCUGUAAUGAACUCGUUGGAGCAAAACCCCUCUCCCUUUAAGAACGGGACUGAUAUUGGGAUGGAGAUACAGCACCUGAUUUUCGAUCUUAUCGCUCACAUCCACAAAGAUGAGCCUGAUCGCAGGAAGGGAAUUCUGGUCUUCCUGCCAACUUAUCGUGCCUUGGAAGAGCAGUGGUCUCUCCUCACGCAACGGGCACUGGAUGUGGAGAUAUUUGUGCUCCACAGUAGCAUUGACAUCGACCAAUCUUUGGAAGCAAUAGAGGCGUACCAUUCAGUGAGGAAGGUGAUUCUUGCGACUGAUGUCGCCGAGUCUUCAAUUACAAUACCGGGAGCAUCGUUCGUCAUCGACUCAUGCCGCUGCCUAGAAGUGUUUUGGAACUCGAAAAUGAAGAGAGACGGUCCCCGGAUUGUCUGGGAGUUGAACUCACAGGCCGAACAACGUAAGGGACGCACAGGGCGUACCUGCGAUGGUACUGUCUUUCGCAUGAUGCCCCGAACAAUGUACGCGACAUACAACAAGUUUGAGGUUCCCGCAAUGCAGCUCUUGUCUCUACGAAAGCAAGUACUGUCACUGUUUUGUGCUGAAGCACGAGCUUUGAAUGAUGCAUUGGCAUUCUUCGAUAAAUGCAUGAAUCCACCGCAUCCAGACACUGUUUAUGAUGCUUUGGAGUCACUUGAAGCACUGAACGCUCUACAGCGCGAUGCUGGAGGGAAGAAGUUGCCGACUCCAUACGGACGAAUACUUGCGUCUCUUCCACUAUCUUUGGAGGCUUCUAUGCUUGUCAUGGAGGGCUGCGAACGCGGGUACCUGAAUGAGUGUGCUGUCAUAGCUUCUGUGCUAGAUACUACGCCGAGUCCGAUUAUCCUGCCUUUCGGAGCUAGCGCUACAGCACACUAUUCUUUUCAGUACUUCCAGGAAUCACAAAAUGGUAUCAGGCAAUCUCGUCAAGCUGCUCUUCUUGGCAACCUCUGCGCGUUUGAAUUCUGGCAGUGCGUCUUGAAGAUCGUCACCAUUCAUGGAGAGGAGUCGGAGAAGGAAUUCUGCAAACAGCAUCACCUUUCUUUGUUUUCACUCAACGCUGUCGCUGAGCUCUACGACGACUCGUGCCUGGGACUUCCGUAUGUUUCAAAUGGGAGCUUCCACAACGAGAAUAACCAGUCAGAUUUGCUGAAGAUCAUUGUGGAGACUCAAGCAAGAUACUUAGAACCGCAGAGUAAUUACAAGUCGAUCCAUUUUCCUAAAGAAGAGGACGGGGAAGUGCAGUGCGUGUACUUCCGUAGAGGCUUUUGCGCUAAAGGAAACUGCUGUGAGUUCUCACACUCCGUCUCUUCCACGCCAGCAGUAUGCAAGUUUUUCUUGUCCGGGGAUGGAUGUCGCUAUGGUGCUCAUUGUCGAUAUAAGCACGACUCGGAUGUUCCACGCUGGGACAAUCGUCUUGAGUUUGACGAAGACGUAGCUCAGUUUCCUACGGUGCUGUGUUCUUCCACUCGAAACUUGGAGGGCACCAUGCUAGUUUUUGGAAGGGAGGCACUGUCUUAUAUCCAUCAGCUGCAAGAUCUUCCUACUGCAUCCAUCGCGGUAGCUUGCAACGAAGAUUCUCAGCUAGAAGCAGAGAAGAGCAUCAGCGAUUCAGAUCAACACAAGGCGUUCUUCCAGGAGAUUUUCCACUUCUUGGCAGUGACGCAGCGCAAGCUCAACUUAUUCCACAGUGGACUUGUGGUGCUUCUCACCAUGACCAACAUCGAAUUUUGGCAGUGCCAGGUAGAACGAGCUGGUCGAGAGAAUUUCCUCUUCCUCCAGUCCUCCACGGCAGUGGAUCCAGCGUUUUUCAAGGGGAGCUCUAUCCGACCGCCAGUAAAGCUCGUCACUUACAUCUUCAAGCUCGUGUUUCCCCGGAGGAACUGCUUCACGUCCUCCAUGGUCGAGGUCAUAGAAACCAGCAACACAAGCAGAUGCUUCCACCGAUCGAGAAAAGAAAAGAAAAGAACUCACGUACCUUGUUCUGGAGUGAUAUUUGGGAACAUCGUAUACGAACUGGACCGCAACGUUGACAUCCGCAUUGACAUCAUGGACUACAUCUCGCCCGCCUCCGACGUUCGGCCGAGUUCGAAUGGAUCAAACCUUGACGUUUGCUCUGAUUUGCUUGCUUGCAUCGGGGGCCAGCGUGUAGUUUUGUGGCCGCUCAACCAGCUUCAGGUCGCCCAUGGUUGCUCCAGGCACAGGUUCUGGAGCGUCUCCUUGGUCCGGUUGAUCACCGUCACGUCCAGCAAAAUGUCGUUCAAGAAUACACGGGACCGCUGA